CUGUUAGAGUGGAUAACAAGUGGCUGUUCUGUUCUCAAUCACUCCGCGGAACACAAAUCGUUCAUUGAAUUAGGUAUUCUUUAAACAUGUGUUUAAAGACAAUUUGAUUCGAAUGGAAAUGUCUAAUUCAAUCUUACAUUACUCUUAAAUUCAAGAAAACACAAGGAAAGAAACAAUUGUAAAGUUAACAGAUUGGUUGCGUGGAAUUUGGGAGAUGAGACGUCAAACUGGUCCUGUACAACAAUGGAUAGAUUCAAUACCAUCACCAAUAAAAUCCAAUUUUUCAACAAAAAAUGAAAAUCAAGGAGAAUCAAAUAAAAAAUGUAGUACUCCAUUGGCUUCGACAGAGCCUAAGGAUAUUCCAUAUUCUAUAGGAUCAAAACAGAUAACUAUGACUGUAUCUGCACCUAUUAAUGUUCCUAAUGUAACUCCGAUUAAUACAACAAGUUUACCUAGCUCAUUAACUCAUAAAUUGGUUCGAGAUCCAAGCUUGCAAUCUGACAGCAGUCAUUGCAGCAGCGUGGAAAGCUUAUUAGAAUUAAGAAAAGCAGACCCAGAAGCAAUUUUACUUGGCCUUGGAUUUGGUGGUUGUUCAAGUAGUCCGCAAGAAAAUGGUUCCUUUUCUCGCAUACCAAAAAGGUUUCUGCAGCCAUCAAAGUUGAAGGGUAUAGCCAUUAAUGAUUUUAUGAAGCAGCAGCAAGAGACUAGCGAAUCUUUUGAUUCUGUAUCUUUAGGAUAUAGAGGUUUGACAGGCUCACCGUACGUAGCACCAUCGGAGAUCGUACAAAAAAUUAUGCAACGUUUACGAGAGCAUGAAAGUCAUGAACAUGAUCCAUAUGCAAUAUACAAUUCGUAUGAUCAAUACAGCCCGUUACACUGUAGUGGUACUCUUUCUGUGCUGUCUCCUAAUAGUAGACAAUUUUUGGAACGACCACGUUCAAAAAGCCCCGACAUGCGUAAUAAACGUAUGAUUAUUGGACAAAAGUCUUUCGCGUUUGGACACGAUGGUGACCUAAUCGAAAUCGAUCCGCCUAACGUAAAAAGAUCAUUCGAAGAUACUUCAAGCAAUGAUUUGAACAUUACAAAGAAUUCACAAGUAUUUAAUAAUUUAGCAGAUAACGAUGAUAAAAUAGUCGAGCAAGUAUCUAUUGAGGGAAUAGGAAAAGUAUUACCAAAGCGAUUAUCUUUCGACAAUAGCACGGAACUUAAUGAUAUCGAUGUUAAUUUAUCGAUACAAGCGCCUAAAGAAAAUUUAUAUGAGAAAAAUGAAACCUUGUACAAAUAUAUCGAUUACGAAAACAUUUCUCAAAAUGCAAUUUUACCAAAUGUGUCUGACACUCGAAGAGCUAGUGACGGAUUCUGUGAUAUGAAAGAUGGACAAAUUUUAUCAGUGGUAAAUAAACGAAGACACAGCGAUGGUUUUGUGCAAACUACCGAAUACAAUAACGAUACUAUUUUAGCUCGAAAAAGAAAGACUUUGAAGCGUCAAAGUAGAAUAAGCGAUGCAGAUGCGACAAAUUAUUGCAGUUUAAAUUUUUGUAAGCCUGAUACAGCACAAUGCAAAGAAUUGGUAUAUGAUGUUUGCACGAAAAGUAACGUUUCCGCCAAAUUGAUUGUAAAUGUUAAUGAAACAACAAGAAUAGAUGGUGAAACUAAAAAGUAUAAUGUAACAAAAUGUUCACAGAUGUUUCCCAAAGAAACACAUAACUGUAUAGAAUCAACAAACGAUAAUUUGAAUAAAGAAAAACAAGAUAACGAAUGUUGUAUCGAAGAUAUUCAAUCAGUAGGGCAAAUGUGUAUAGAUGAAGAAGAAAGGGCAACUUGUUGUUGUCAUUCUGGUACUAAGAAAUAUUGGAAGAAAAUGGAAAAAAUUAUUCAAGAAAAUAAAAAUUUGGAAAGCAUGGUAACAAAAAGUAGAAAAGAAAUGGCAGAAAUUCGGGAAAUGUUGAACAGUGUAUUGUCCGUGCGGUUAGAACCUGGUUUUUAACGUAAAUUAUAUUAGAAAUGAGAAAAUGCUAUAUUCUAGCUAAUAUGAUGUUAGAACAUUUAAUGGCCUUAAAUUAAUAUCGACUACGUGUUUUUAAAAUUACUUCGUGUACUUUGGACAAAUAAUCCUUUUGAAUGUAUCUUUCAAGCAUCAUACUAUAUUU